GACAGGGUCGCGGGGCCCCGGGCCAUGCGCCGCGCGCUCCUGGCACUGCUGGUUGUUGCUGUCGCCGGGACCGGGGCUGUCCCCGAGCCCUCCUGUCCCGUCACGGCACCAGGGGAAACCGAGACACGACCCCGCGUGGGGCCGGCCCCGAGGAGAGCCAAGCGCUUCGCCUCGGUGCCCCUGUUCGUGGAGAUGCUGGUGGUGGCCGACGAGUCCAUGGCCCGGUUCCACGGCGCGGGGCUCCGCCGGUACCUGCUGACGGUGCUGGCGGCGGCCGCCCGCUCCUUCCGCCACGGCAGCCUGGGCAACGACGUGGAGCUGCGGCUGACCCGGUUGGUGGUGCUGGGGCAGGACACCCCGGGGCCGCCGCCGACCUCCAACGCUGCGCAGCUGCUGCGAGACUUCUGCCGCUGGCAGAAGGAGCUCAACGUCCCCGACGAGGACAGUGCCCUGCACUUCGACACUGCCAUCCUCUUCACGCGGCUGGACCUGUGUGGUGCUGCCACCUGUGCCACGCUGGGCAUGGCCGACGUGGGCACCGUCUGCAACCCGGAGCGGAGCUGCGCCGUGGUGCAGGACGAUGGAUUGCAGUCUGCCCUCACGGCCGCCCACGAGCUGGGCCACGUCUUCAACAUGGUGCACGACACCGCCCAGCCCUGCCGGGAGCUGAACGGCCGCACCGGCGCCGCCGGCCGCCUGAUGGCUCCGGUCCUGUCCUCGCUGGAGCCAGGCCAGAUGUGGUCCCCGUGCAGUGCCAGCUCCAUCACCGACUUCCUGGACAGCGGCCACGGUCACUGCCUCCUGGACAAACCUUCGGAGUGGCUGCGGCUGCCCUCGGAGCUGCCUGGCACCGUCUACCCCCUGGCGCGGCAGUGCCAGCUGGCGUUCGGGCACGACUCGCGGCACUGCGGCGACCUGCAGCCGCCCUGCGCCCUGCUGUGGUGCACCGGGCACGCCGGUGGGCGCUCGGUGUGCCAGACCAAGCACUUCCCCUGGGCGGAUGGCACCCCCUGCGCGCCGGGCAGGGUCUGCAUGGAGGGGCUCUGCGUUGGCGCCGCCCGCCUGCGGGAGCUCACCACUCCCGUGGAUGGCGGCUGGGGGCCGUGGGGGCGGUGGGCGCCCUGCUCCCGGACCUGCGGCGGGGGGGUACAGCUCUCCCACCGCCGCUGCACCGAGCCGGUGCCGCUGCACGGCGGCCGCCACUGCCGGGGCAGGAGGACUCGGUUCCGGUCCUGCAACGUGGAGGAGUGCCCGGGCAGCAACCCUCUGGCGUUCCGGGAGGAGCAAUGUGCUGCCUUCAACCACCGCCAGGACCUCCUCAAGGGGCUGCCAGCGCCCUCGGACUGGGUGCCAAGGUACAGCGGUGUGCCCGAGCGGGACCGCUGCAAGCUGCUGUGCCAGUCCCAGACCCUGGGCUACUACCACGUGCUGCAGCCAAGGGUGGCCGAUGGCACCCCCUGCUCGCCCGAGGGCAGCGGGGUGUGCGUGCAGGGCCGCUGCGUGCCCGCCGGCUGCGAUGGCAUCAUCGGCUCCAGGAAGAGGUUCGAUAAGUGCAUGACCUGCGGCGGCGACGGCCGCGGCUGCGCCAAGGUCUCCGGUUCCGUCCGCAGCCCCCUUCGCUACGGCUACAACGACGUGGUGACCAUCCCGGAGGGUGCCACCCACCUCCUGGUGCGGCAGCAGUCCGCGGCGGGCGCCCAGGACACCUUCCUGGCACUGCGGAGGGCAUCCGGCGGCUUCCUGCUCAACGGCGGCUACGUCCUGGUGCCCUCUGCCACCGACGUGGCGCUGGGCGGCGGCGUCACCCUGCGCUACAGCGGAGCCACCGCCGCCACCGAGACGCUGCGGGGCCGGGGGCCGCUGCGGGAGCCGCUGGUGCUGCAGGCGCUGGUGGUGGACGAGCGGAGGGCACCGAACCUCCGGUACAGCUUCUUCGUGCCAGGGGCGGGCAGGCGCCCGGCGGCGGCGGCGGCCUGGGAGAGGCAGAAAGCUGAGAUCCUGGAGAUCCUCCGCAACCACCGGCGUGCCACCUAG